CAGCUACGGUGCCUAAACGCAUUUAAACCUUCCUCAUGUCUUCAGCCGCAUAACGCUGUACCGAGUUUGCAAGGAGACCUAGCCGGAUUUCUUUAACCUGCAUUCUUCUAUGCCUGAGGCUGAGGAAAAGCAACAAAAUUAUACUUGGGAUAAGAUGAGAGAAGCAAACCAGCAUGGACUACAAGAGGAUGAAACUACAAUGAGUACGGAAUAACAUUUUCUGUAUAAUCCCUAAACGUUUGGCUGCAAGGUUCAGCAGACUAAGUACAACUCUACAAAUAUCCAGAUAUCAUUCUUGCUGACCAUCUAAAGCAAAAGGCAGCCCACGUUAGAAAUUCAGUUGACUUCUAGUGCAAUUUUGUUGCCUAUUGUUGCCUUUUUGCACUGAGUAAGCCAUGAACACAAAUACAGUUCCCCAGAUUAAUGUGGAGGACAUGAGCAGCCUGGUCUAUGAUGACCCAGAAGUUACCACAGAUGACCACUUGAGAACCUUAAAGGUCUUGACUGAAAAGCUAAGACUCCAAACCAGGAGGCCCUCCUAUUUGGAGUGGAAGUCCCAAGUAGAGGCUCAGUGUACCAGAGGAUCUUCUGAACCAACAGAGCCCACUGAGCUGGACCAGGGUGCAGGAGAAGAGCAUAGAGCCGCUGCCAAAGCAAAUGGCCCAAAAUUCAUACAAAAGAGAAACCUGGCUUCAGGGAGCCUGAAAGGCUUUGGAAAUAUCGAUGAGGCUCUCGUCUGGCUCAGGAAGGAACUGGCAGAAAUGCGUGUGCAGGACCAGCUCCUUGCCCGCCAGCUCAUGCGUCUGCGAGGUGACAUCAACAAGCUGAAGAUCGAGCAGACGUGCCACCAGCACCGGCGAAUGCUCAAUGAUGCCACCUUUGGCCUGGAGGAGCAUGAUGAGCUCUCUGAUCUCCUGUGUGAUGGUCCACUAACUCCAGGCUUCGGGCUCUCAGCUCCACUCCGCUUGAUCGGGGUCACUAAGAUGAACAUCAACUCAAGACGCUUUUCCCUUUGCUAACCUGAAAGUAAAGGCUCAGUUUUUACAUGCCAGUGAAAAUCAUGACUAUGACACUCAAUCAUAUGUACAGUAUAUAUAUAUAUAU